UGUUUACCAUCCUAUCGGUGCUCGAGGUGCUCGAAGAUCGAAACGAUUGCCCGGUGUUCAAUUUAAAAAAAAUCUUGUGAAAAACAGUGAAAAUACCGUCUAAAUUUCCCAAAAGUUGCAAUCAAAAACGUAACAGAUACCGCCACAAUGGUAGACGUUAAAAAGUUCAGUGAAAUCGACCUGUACGGUCUGCUGGGCAUCGAAAUCGGAGCCACCGAAGCGGAGGUUCGCAAAGCGUACCGUAAGAAGGCGCUUCAAUGCCAUCCGGACAAGAAUCCCGACAAUCCGAAGGCGGCAGAACUGUUCCAGGAGCUGUCCAAAGCGUUGGAGAUUCUGAUAGAUGCCUCGGCCCGGGCCGCAUAUGAUAAGCUGUUGAGCGCCAAAAAGGCCGCCCAGUUGAGGACCCAGCAGUUGGAUAGCAAACGGCAGAAGUUGAAGGAAGAUUUGGAGGAACGGGAACGGAAAGCCAGGGAAGCUGCCAAGGGUGGAUACAAGGUACAGAAAACACCGGAAGAGUUGUUCCAGGAGGAGUUCGAGCGGUUGCGAAAAGAAGGAUCGAAAUUGAUCGAGGAGGAACAGGAACUGAUGAGGCAACAACUGAGGGAAGAGAAAGCAAUGCAAGGCAAGGGGCAAUCCAGUUGGGAUCCUUCGAAGCAUAGGAUUAAGAUCAAAUGGAAAGCCGGGAAGGAUGAUCCGGAAAACGGGGGCUACACGCAGGAGAUUCUGAACAAGUUCCUCUCGAAGUACGGCGAUAUUAAUGUCCUGGUGAUGAGUCCCAAGAAGAAUGGAAGCGCGUUGGUGGAAUUCAAGACACAGGACGCUGCAGAGAUGGCCGUGAGUUACGAGCAAGGUCGGCUGGAUAAUCCUUGCAGCUUGGAGUGGAUUGGUGAUGCCCCGAAGAAUAAGAAUUCGCGGACAGGGGGAUCAAGUACCAUAACGGAGCGAGAUUAUGAGAGUAUAGUUUUGAGGCAGUUGCGGCAAGCGGAGGAACGCAAAAGGCUCAUAGAGCAGAUGAUGCGAGAAGAUGCCGAGGAGGACGCAGGAAAGUGAUAUUGACGACGGAUGGUUCAAAAACGGUGAGUGUGGAAGAUUUUUGUCUCUAGUAAUGCUAUUUUCGUAUUUGAUUGACAAAUUUUACUUCGAAUAAUUUAUAACUUUCGCGGAAAUGCCUAAAAUAUUGUGUUUUGUGUAUAUAUUAGAACGUUUCAAGUUAACUCGAUUGGUGAAUCGAUGGCGAUCGGAUUUUACUACUUAUCGUUAAAAUUACACAACAUAUGAAUCAAA